AUGAGUCUCAAUGGACAGGACACCGCUCAGAAACCCGAGGCGAAGGAGGCUGCAAGACCCGUCUUACCAGCCAUCCCGUUAAGUCCACCUCCGGGCUCAGUUCAGGAGUCCGUCUCAAGGCCAUCGUCCCUCAUCGGCCGAACUCGGAGCAAGCUCGCCGAGCCGGUUGUCGCCGCAUUCAUGGCAGGAGGCGUUGCUGGCGCCGUCUCCCGCACGAUCGUCUCGCCUCUGGAGCGAUUGAAGAUUCUACUGCAGAUCCAGAGUGUCGGCCGCGAAGAAUACAAGUUGUCAAUAUGGCAAGGCCUCAAGAAAAUGAAGCGUGAAGAAGGAUGGCGCGGAUUCAUGCGAGGAAACGGGACCAACUGUAUCCGCAUCAUCCCAUACUCGGCGGUACAAUUCGGCAGUUACAACUUCUACAAGAGGUUCGCGGAAACGCCAGAGGGCGAAAUGACCCCCGUACGUCGCCUCAUCUGCGGUGGUAUCGCGGGAAUUACCUCGGUGACGGUGACUUACCCACUGGAUAUCGUUCGCACGCGGCUCUCCAUACAAUCCGCUUCCUUUGCGAGUCUAGGCUCCCGGGAUCCCUCCCAAAAGCUUCCUGGCAUGUUCACCACCAUGGUCUCAAUAUACAAGAGUGAGGGUGGAAUAAUUGCGCUCUAUCGCGGCAUCAUUCCCACCGUAGCCGGCGUUGCCCCUUAUGUCGGGCUCAAUUUUAUGACUUAUGAAUCAGUCCGCAAGUGGCUCACUCCUGAGGGGGAUAAGAACCCCAACCCUUGGCGAAAGUUGCUUGCGGGUGCCAUAUCCGGAGCAGUUGCACAGACCUGCACAUACCCAUUUGAUGUCCUGCGUCGACGAUUCCAAAUCAAUACCAUGUCCGGCAUGGGGUAUCAGUAUAAAUCCAUCUGGGAUGCCGUGCGAGUGAUUGUGGCCGAAGAAGGCACACGAGGACUGUUCAAGGGCAUUGGACCGAACCUUUUGAAAGUCGCCCCCAGCAUGGCCAGCAGCUGGCUAAGCUUUGAGUUCACGAGAGAUCUGCUGGUAGGUUUGAACGAUAGAGAUCAGUCCCAAUACAUCUAG